AUGAAGUUACCAUCUGAGUUGAUGAAUGGACAAGAUUACUCAGUUUUUAAGAAGGGAAUUCGACCCAUGUGGGAGGAUCAAGCUAACAAGAGAGGUGCCCGAUUACUCAUCACCCUCGACAAAAAGAAUCACCAAGAGAUGGACAGCAUAUGGCUCGACACGGUGCUGAUGAUGAUAGGUGAAAAUUUUGACGAUUUGAACCACAAGAUUCGUGGAGCCGUAGUUAACGUUAGACCCAAGGGUAACAAAAUUGGGAUUUGGUUGGCCAAUAAAAAUGACGAAGCUGACAAUAUUCGUCUGAUAAAGAAGUUAAAACAAGUGCUUGGGAUAUCAAAACGACUAACCUUCUACGGACACAAUUCUAACAUGGCGUUGUAUAACGCAUAA